GCCGCCGCUUCCGGCGUCGCGCUGCAAUGGCGGCGACGGGAAGCGAGGAGGAGCGGACGGGCGGCGCGGCGCUGGGCGCGGGACUGUGUCAUCUCGGCGUGGCGCGACGGCGUGGGCGGACGCUCCUGGUGCGGCAUCUGCCCGCCGAGUUGACCGUGGCGGAGAAGGAGGACCUGCUGCAGCACUUCGGGGCGGUGGCCGUGCGCGUCCUGUCGGACCACGGACGGCUGAAACAUACUGCUUUUGCUACUUUUCCUAGUGAAAAUGCUGCUGUAAAGGCUUUAUCAAGACUGCAUCAGCUGAAACUUUUAGGGCACACUUUAGUGGUUGAAUUUGCAAAGGAGCAAGAUAGCAUGCAAGUACUUAACCAACCUUCAUUCUCAGACAAAUAUAAAAGUUCAGAAGAGCCGGUGAAAGAAGAGAAGAGAGAAACAAGCUGUCUUAAAAUAGAGAAUGGAAUUGCACCUAGCCAUGGCCUCACGUUUCCCAUCAAUUCUUGCCUCAAGUAUCUGUAUCCGCCACCUUCAAGUACAAUUCUAGCAAAUAUAGCAAAUGCUUUGGCAAGCGUGCCCAAAUUUUAUGUCCAGGUGCUUCAUCUUAUGAAUAAAAUGAAUCUUCCUCCACCUUUUGGACCAAUUACUACUCGCCCUCCAAUGUAUGAAGAGUAUUUACCAGUGCCUGUGCCACCCCCACCAAUUCCACCUCUGCCUCCUGAAGAGCCUCCUUUGCCUGAAGAAGAAGAAGAGCAAAUCUCUAGUGGAGAUGAAUCAGAAUAUGAAAGUGAUAAUGAGGAGGAAAAAGAGAGAAUGACCAAAUUGAUGGAAUUAGCGACUCUUCAACCUAAAAGACCAAUAAACACAAAAAAACGUGGUGUUAGGAAAAAGCAAAGAAUUAAGGACUUACUGAAUGUUCCCACAUGUACCCCCCACAGUAAUUUGCACCCUACCCUGUCACCUUCAGAUGUCUUUGAGCAACCACAGUAUGUAGGUCUUAAAAAGAUCGAGUUCCAUAUUACUACUGACAUCCCAUCUGUUCUUCAGAUAAACUUGGAAAGAGAAGAAAAAAAUGAUCUUUAUGCUACCACAGAAGAAAUCAAUCAUACAGGGUUUGGAAGAAUUUUUCCAACUCCUAGCUCAAAUGAUAAAAUGGAAACAGAGGAAGAAGAUGAUGAAAUACCAUCAGAGUUUAUUUCUAGAAGAGAACUAGAGAAAAACAGACUUUCUAGAGAAGAAAUGGAAAAAUUUUCUGUUUUCAAAAACUAUGAGCCAGGUGAACCAAAUUGCCGGAUAUAUGUGAAGAAUUUGGCUAAACAAGUGCAAGAAAAGGAUCUCAAGUUCAUUUUUGGAAGAUAUGUUGACUUCCAGUCAGUACUGGAACGAAAUAUGUUCGAUAUACGUUUAAUGAAAGAAGGCCGUAUGAAGGGUCAGGCUUUCAUUGGACUUCCUAAUGAAAAAGCAGCUGCCAAAGCUUUAAAAGAAGCAAAUGGAUAUGUCUUAUUUGAAAAACCCAUGGUCGUUCAAUUUGCUCGUUCAGCUAGACCAAAGCAGGAUUCCAAUGAAGUUAAAAGAAAAAAGUAGAACAUAGCAAAAGGUAUGGAUUCUUUGCCUAAAAAUUACAGGGUUUUUUUUUCAUUUUGCUGGCUUUUUAUUUAUUUAUUUAUUUAUUUUAUUUUUUAUGGUUGCUUUAGGAAUAGUGGUGGUGAAAGAGAAAUACUCCAUGCAGUAUUCUUUUCUAAAAUGUGCUAUUCUGUCAGGAAACCAGUCUGCAGGAUAUGUAGUUGGUGUAAGAUUAAAGAUUGCUUCUUCCUCUGUUUAGAAACCUGGAGUCUGUUAUUUUCCUAAUCUUGAGAUCCUAGGAUAGUUGUCUGUAUUUUCCGAUGCUUAAUCCUGGGAGAUUGGAACCUGGGGAGAAUGACUUCAUGGAAUCUGAGCACUUAUGUUUUUAGUAAUGUUCAGGGAUUUUGGCUUCAAAAGGAAUGGCGUAUUUGCCCUUUCCCGUCCUUACUCACACCAUGCAUGCUGUAAAGCUGUUUCAGAUAUCUGUUUCCAGCAGUAAACUUCAUUCUGCCACCUCUAUCAGUGAGAUCUUAGUACCACUGCAGCAUCUCUUAAGCUUGUCUGAUUUUGGAAAACUGUUAGUGUUUCAGAAAACGUUACUUCAUAUUGCAUUAAUUGAGGCUUCCUUUGCUACAGAGCAUACAGGUGCUGGUUUUUUUUUAACAUUUGUCUAAAUUGAUGAGAAAUUAACUUUCUGCUAUAAGUAAUCACUUCAUAUCGUACAUCUUUACUUGACCAGCACUUACUCUUAAGUAUUUGCUUUAUACUAAAGUAACUGAAGCAAAACUGUGAGAAUUUUCAUGGCCCCCAAAAAUUUGGGUAGUGAACUGUCUCAGAUUUGCACCAGUUACUUCAGAUGCUAGCACAAAAGCACUCUGUUUUCAGCCUGCACCUCUAAUAAAGCCUCUAAUAAAGUAGCAAGCUCAAAUUCCAGGAGCAUUUUAUCUGAAUUACAUAUUGUGAUUGAACAUCACUCUGGUUAUCCAUCUCCAUAGCUUAGAACCUAAAGCUUAGGUUGAGUGCUUUAGAAAAAUAUUGCUUACUCCUGUAUGUUUUUUAAUCUGGAUGUCCUGCUCAUUAUUUAGAAAACAAACAAACAAACAAAAAAAACCCCAACUCUGAAGUUUGAAAUGUGAACAACCGGUUUUAAUUUUUAGAAGUUGUUUUGAUUCCCUUGUAUUGUUAUUGUGAGGGUAGUAUUUCUAUUUGUAAUAGUUACUUCAGUUGUAGGCUUUUUGUUCUGUCUGCUGACUUUUCGCCAGGUCUCAGUUAAGCUUUUUUACGUCAUUUCUAAGGUGCUGUUUGGUCUUACAGGUACUACCUUGACUUACAGAUUUUGCAACCCACAAAUUAGUAUCUUUUGUUUGAUAAAAGAUGACAUGUUCUUACAGGUGUUUUUCUGUACUGUUUAUUGAAAGCAGACAAAUGAGCCUUGAUUUUAAGCUGUGAGGAACAAGGGUGUGCAAAAGUGUUUCAUUUUUUUUUUAUUCCUUCCUAGUUAAAUAAAUUAAAAGCAUUUGUUACAUUUUCUCUACUGUGUGAUAAGAAUGUUAUUAAAGUUGUUUUGAAUGGAAAAAUGAAACUUGAAGUAUUUUUAACUCAUGGAAAGCUUUAGCAUUCAGAGUUCACAUCUAAUUUUAGGCAUUUCAUGUAUUUCCAACCAGCUUAGUGCAUUAAACUUGAUUCUGACUUUACUAAACAUGCUAAAUAAUACUUGAAUAGUGUAAAGAAAAUAACUAGGUGCUUACUAGGUUAUUAAUCAUAUUAUCAACUCAAUGCACCACAGACUAAUUGAAAUCCCUAAGAAUCCUAGGCAAAGUACAAAUUAUUUCUUUCACUUGCACGGUAAUGAUGAGGCAGAACCCUUUCUCUGCAUUAGAUGUGUUUUCCUGUGUCUGCUGAAAUACUUUGAAUGCUGAUUUGUGAAGCAAAAUUCUAUUAUAUAAAUCUGAAAUUCAUGCAGACACCUGGGGAACUUCAAAUUUGAUUUGUACUGCAUCACAGUGUUUUUUUUCUUCUGCAAGAAAAUUGAAUUGAUAUAAGUUAAUUUUUUUUUGAACAGGAAGAAGCUGUGAUUAAUUCAUAAACAAUUAUUACUUUCCCUACCAAUACUGUUUUUUUGGUAGAGAAAACAACACAUAAUGGUUUAUAAAAACACUGUGUGACUUAUUGCUAACUGAAAUGUCUUUUUCUUGAUGAAUAGACAAAAAUGUUAGUUGGUAUUUGGAGUGAAUAUUUUUCUGUGGGUAAAAUACAGUUUUUUCGUAUAAGGGUUAUGUAGAAGAAACUGAUGCUGAGAGGUCACCACCUUCUUUGUAGAGAAGUGACCUGAAAGCCUGCAUUGAGUGGAAGCGUGUUUGGGUUUUGGAUCUGAUGGAGAAAGUGAGUCUGUAAAAUGUCAAAGACUUGAGGAAGAAUUAAUGAAACAAAAAUCUGCUGUUGUCACUGUAGUUCAAGUUAUCAAAAGAUGGAUUUGCUUUUGAAUACAGAGUUAGUGAUGGUGGGUCAAAAGUGUAUUUAUGAAGUUAUACCUUUCUGUUUAUGAUAGGCAGCAUAAAUUUAAUGUGUGUGCAAUGUUGAGAAUUAAGUAAAAUUAAACAACAUUCUGCUGUUCUUCUUUAGAAACAUUCCUGCGUAAAUACUGCAGUAAUACUGUCAUGCAGAGUGUAUCCUUUCUUGUUGUAUCCUUUUAUGUGCAAUGUUUCCCAUAGCACUCAACCACCUCUAACUUCUCACUUAGAAUAGGUUUGGGGAGGAGCUUAUGCAUUUUAAAGCCUGAAUUAAUCUAUCAAUUUAGAAAGCAGCACAUUUUCAGGGGGGAAAAAAAAAAGAGUUAUCUGUUGAGUGAACAGUUGCAAUGAACUUUCCUAAUCUUAAAAGGUGGCUUUCACCUUUCUCCUCAAAGGUCAUAUAAUUUACUUCAUUUCUGAUACAGUUCCUUAGCUUAUCUGAGCUAGAAGUGUUUCACUGAUGUGUGUGGAGCUGUGCUGGGCUCACUCUGAGGAUGUCAUCUUUAACUAAAUCAUUAGAAUAAUAUGUUGGUUUAAAAUACGUCACAAAGCCAUGAUUAAUAUUAUCAAAGGGUUGAUGUGUUCUUAGAAUGUUUGAUUACUGUUGUCCUACUGUAUGAGAAACUGUUGAUUUUCAGUUUGUACAUUUGUCUUUUGUUUUUGAACAGAGCAAAAUCCAACAGUGUCUCACAAUGCAGUAAUAGAGUUCAUAACUGAACUAUAAGUCACUGUUAACGUUUUUGUUGUUUCUUUCAUCGUUCUCUUCACUGAGGUAGUGCUGGUGAUGGUGCCUUUUUUUUUUUUUGUGGAUUUCGUAUUACAUUGUCAUUUUUCAUUUACUGUAAUAUAAAGCCAGUAUAGCCUGUACCUGCUACGUCAGGUUUUUUUUUUUUUCAGAUACUCAGAAGUCUUAUAAUGUUAACCAUCUUUCAACUUAGUUGUCAAAAGAAAGCAUGUCACUGAUAGGAUCUGGUUGUUCAUGCUGGUAACACGCCUUUGUGAUAUUCCAGGUUCCUUUUGCGUUUCAUCCCAUUCAAGAGUUCUCAAGCCUGGGGAGGAAGCAGUACAAGCGUCAGGACUCUGGAACUGUGCGUAGAGCAUUUCUAAAGUACUUGAGGCAGAGUAUAAAUUUCCUUAUCUUAAAGAUUCCAAGUAUGUUUGUCAGAAGGCUUACAUGAUAAAUAUAUGUUAGUUUGCUUUUGAAAUCUCUAAUAAAUUAUUUCCUUUCUCUUAA